AUGGAAUCUUUCUGCAAGAUAUCUCGGAUAGGUUUGGAAUCCUAUGAAAUCUCAAUCAAGCACAUUGAAAGUUUCUGCUGCAAAAAUACCUAUUUGAGUAGAUUGAUGAAAAGUUUAAAGAAGAAUAAGAAAAGAAGAAUUUCUCAAACAAAUAUGAAGCUUUUAGAUGAUGAAAUUUUAUUCGCUCGCUUGCUAUCGAGAAUCAGAAUUUUAGACUUCAAUGGAUGA